GCCAGGCCCAAAUUUGUUACUCUGCACUUCAAUGAGCGGAAGUCAAUAGCGUUGGUCAUCUGGCAAGUGUCAACGGCACUGAACUUGUUUGCUAGGUGGCCCUCGCAUUCCUCGUUUUCCAUCAGUGGUUCUGGAUUUUUACUUUCCUUCAUCAACAAUCAAUCACAGGUUAGUUCAUUCGGAGGUUAAUCUUGAACUGCAACGGGUGAAUAUGAGCCAAAACGAGACCUUUCUAAUCGACGGUCAACCGCAGAGGGAAAGAAGGCCUAACAGUACUGCAACAGGCAACUUGAUUUGGAGGCCACUCGAUUGGUUUAGGAAGCUUAGUGAUGACCUGCAUUGGAGCUUUGUUCUGUCGGUGGUGAUUGUGUAUGGAAUCAAUCAAGGGUUGACUUUGGGUUUAUGUCGCAUUAGUAUACAAUACUACAUGAAGGAUGAGCAAAAGCUACAGCCCUCUGAAGCUCAGAUUUUUUCUGGAAUUAUAUCACUGCCUUGGAUCGUUAAACCUCUAUGGGGUCUGCUCACUGAUGUUCUUCCCAUUGCUGGCUAUAGAAGAAGGCCUUACUUCAUUCUUGCGGGUUCGCUCGGCAUCAUUGGUAUGCUUACUCUGUCGAUGAACAAGAACUUAAGGAUCGAAUUUGCUUUGUUAUGCUUAAUGACUGGCAGUGCUGGGGUUGCAAUAGCGGAUGUGAUAAUUGAUGCCUGUGUAACAGAGAACAGUAUAAGCCAUCCCUCUCUGGCUGGUGACAUGCAGAGCUUAUGCGGAGGGAGCUCAUCUGUAGGACAACUGAUUGGGUAUAUGAUAAGUGGAUUCUUAGUUCACCUAAUUGGAUCAAAGGGAGUGUUCGGAAUUUUGAGUGUGCCACCUUGUCUAGUUGUUUUGGUUGGAAUCAUGAUACGAGAAAAGUAUAUGCCUACCGGGACCUACAGAAGAGUAAGCCAUAAGUUUUUUGAUGCUGGUAAGGCUAUGGUUAUGGCACUGAAAAGCAAGACGGUUUGGAGACCAUGCUUGUACAUGUACAUUUCUCUUGCAGUGAGUGUGCACAUUCAUGAGGGAAUGUUUUAUUGGUAUACUGAUGCAAAGGAUGGCCCAUCCUUCUCUCAGGAAGUUGUGGGGUCCAUAUCCUCUGUAGGUGCAGUUGGGUCACUUCUUGGGGUUCUCCUAUAUCAUAAUGCCUUCAGACACCACCCUUUCCGUAGUGUACUUUUCUGGUCUCAGUUGCUGUUUGGGGCUUCAGGAUUACUGGAUUUAAUAUUGGUAUCACGAAUAAAUCUUAAUUUUGGCAUUCCAGACUACUUUGUUGCCGUGAGCGAUGCAGCCAUAACUCAUAUGAUUGCACGUCUCAAAUGGAUGCCACUUCUCGUGCUAAGCUCAAAGCUUUGUCCCUCAGGCAUAGAAGGAACAUUUUUUGCUCUGCUUAUGUCAAUUGAUCACACUGGGAUGCUCUCAGCCUCUUGGGCAGGUGGGUUUUUACUUCACAUCUUCAAUGUUUCGCGAACACAGUUCGCCAACCUCUGGAUAGUCAUUGUGAUUAGAAGUUUACUGAGAGUCCUGCCAGUAGCACUUCUAUUUUUGGUUCCAAGCAGUGAUCCGAACACGUCUAUCCUUCCGAUUGAAAUGUUGAAGGCUAAGAAGGGUGAAGAUUUUACAGAAGCUGAUAAUAGUAGGGAAAUGGUGGCGCUUGUCAACACUGUUGACCAGACCUUCACAGAAUGAUUGGAUGAAGGGGGCAUUAAUCUACUUUUUCUUAAAAAGGGUAUUUUAUUAUAUCCAACUGCCACUCUUGUGCUGUGUAAACAAAUAGAAAAAAAGGAGCAUCUCCAGAUUUUACAGUUAUAGAGAUUCACAGGAGUAUCUUCUGGUAAAGCUGGCACCUGUACAAAUCUACUCUCAUUCAUACUUGAAUCUGGGCGUGGCUUUCUCUGGUCUUUGUACAAUAUGGAGUGGCAAAUACAACCAUUUUCAGCAGGAGAGUUUAACCCCCCUUUAUUCUACGAGUACAUUCUUUCUAAAAAGGUUCGGGACUGAGAUGCCCAUAAAGAGCACUUAUUCAUCAAUGGGUCUGAUUUUCAUGCAGGAAUGGCCUUUACAAUAUGUAAAAUGUGCAACAUAUAUUUUUUCCGAAUAAUGCAAACAUAUUUUUACUAGUCUCUUUUAUGUCUCUGCACCAUUUGGUUUGAUUAUUGC